AUGUCUGCUUACUGCAAGAUUUUUUUUCUUUGUGCAAUUUUAUUUGUUGUUAGUCAACGUACCGAUGGUCUUGUGUGUUACACCUGCCAAGGAAAUAAUGGAACUUCUAGUUGUAACGAUCCAUUUAAUAAGACUGGUAUAAUGACGUCUGCAAGCAAUGUGAGUGGUGUAGCUUGUGCGAAAUUUACCUUUCUUGGCCUCGUAAGUCGAAAUAUAACUACAAGUUGUGCAACAACCAAUGUACUUGGUAUGGGUCAAUGGUGUUGCUCGUAUGAUUUAUGUAACAGUGGUAAUAAAUUAAUAUCAACAAGUUCAAUUGCUUUGGCUUUACUUGUUGCUGGCCUUUCCAAAUUCUUAUAA